AUGGGGCAAGGGCCAUGCAGCUGCGACCGGGGCCCUUCGGUCACUACCCAAACCAUCAAGGGAGAUGACGAUUCCGCAGCCUUUUCCGCUGGUGGCGUUGCUGAGGCAGAUGCCGGUGGCGGGGCAACGAAGGCACAGGUUGCCGGCGACGCCACCUACGAAGGUGGCUGGCUGAACGGCCAGAAGCAUGGCCAGGGAAGCCUCACGCUGAAGGAUGGUUCCAAAUACGUGGGUCAGUUCAAGAAUGACAAGAAAGAUGGAAGUGGUGUCUACCAUUACCCAUCCGGUGCCAAGUACACGGGUCAGUGGGUAAACGAUCUUCAGGAAGGAGAUGGCAAGGAGGAGUGGGCCGACGGAUCUGUCUUCGAGGGCCAGUUCAAGGCUGGUGCCAAACAUGGCCGCGGAAAGUUCGUUUGGUCCACGCUGUGCCGCUACGAAGGUGAGUUCGACAAUAACGACAUGCACGGAGAAGGCGUUUACACGUGGAAUGAUGGCCGUGGAUAUUCUGGCCAGUGGAAUCGCAACACCAUGGCGCCCAGAGGGAAGAUGUGGUGGUCAGAUGGCCGCACAUACGAG